CGACCAAAACAAAAAACACACCGGUGACUAAUAGCCGUUUGCCGUUCAAUUGCUGUUAUUUGCAAACAUUUGCGGUAUUUCACGAUAAGUUGAAAGAAAAUUAAAAUUUAUACUUAUUAUUUUAAAUUCGCUGAACGAAAUGGAAGUGGAAUUCAGCAAGGAAAACUUCUGGCUGCCAGAAACCAAAUAUGAAUAUCUGGACCACACAGCCGAUGUGCAACUACAUGCCUGGGGAUCCACACUACAAGAAGCUUUCGAGCAAUGUGGCAUGGCUAUGUUUGGCUAUAUGACCGAACUCGAGUAUGUGUCUGUGAAGCAGUGUUUUCAGGUCGAGGCCAAGGGCGAUGAUAUCGAAGGCUUACUAUAUCACUUUCUGGAUGAACUGCUCUUUCUCUUCUCCAUCGAACCUUAUAUAAUUUGCAGAAAAUUGGAAAUAACUAAAUUCAAUUUGGAAGACUUUGAAAUUGAAUGCCGCUGCUAUGGCGAACCCUUCGAAAUUGGCAAACAUCCGCAGGGUACUGAGGUGAAAGCGAUUACCUACUCUGCAAUGCAAGUGAUACAAAAACCCGAAGAAAACCAUUUUGAAGUGUUUGUUAUUAUCGAUAUUUGAGGUUGGACGAUUGAGUUGGAAGAAACUUCCCUUGCCGAGCAAGCUUCAUACAAUUCAAUAAGCACAUAAGUUGAAAUAAAUAAUUACUUAAUCUAAAAAUUACAUUGUUGAAUUGGCUACAAGAAUUGUUUGCGUCAAACGAACUAAAUAUGUACGUUUUGUUAGUGUAAAAUAUAUGUACAUAUUUUUUAAUGUUUAAGAGUACUGUAAAGCGAUUGUUAAUACUUUUGUACAAGUGAGUCUCCCAGAAAUUAAAUAAUUUAAAAACUAGAAUAUAAAA